ACUGCAUCUUGUUUUCCAAAUUGAAUAUUCUUUAAGCUUAAAGGUUGAGUGGACCUCUUUUCAUGUUCUUAUGCUUUUGCUUUUAUUUAACAUCACAUGCAUUCCCGAUCUGCUGUCUUUCAUGUACUUGGGAUUUUACAUCUUUAUUUUGUUUUUUUUAUCUAUGAAAAUUUAUGUGUUGUUGAACUUACUAUUCUUGAUCCUUUGGCAGGAGAAAGAGUUUAAAGUUGCAGUUCUCCUUAUUUUUGCCAAUAAGCAGAUAAUGGAAGCAGUUUUGUAGAUAAUGGCUUAAGUGAGGUUGACCCUGAGGUGCGUGCUAUUAUUGACAAGGAGAAAGAGUGGCAGUUCAAAAGCCUUGAGCUUAUUGCCUCAGAGAACUUCACUUCACGGGCAGUAAUGGAGGCAGUUGGCUCAUGUCUCACAAACAAGUAUUCAGAAAGAUUACCUGGGAAAAGGUACUAUGGUGGAAAUGAGCACAUUGAUGAGCUUGAAACACUAAGUCAAAAAAGGGCCCUGGAUGCAUUUCACCUAGAUGGAAAGAAGUGGGGCAUCAAUGUUCAACCAUUAUCUGGUUCUCUAGCUAAUUUCGAGGUUUAUACAGCAGUUCUCAAUCCUCAUGAUCGUAUCAUGGGUCCACUUGCCACACGGGGGACAUUUGUCUCAUGGGUUCAUGACUCCUAAAAGACGGGUAUUAGGAACAUCUAUUUAUUUGAGUCCAUGCCUUACUGACUUGAUGAAUCCACAGGUUCUGCAUUACAUUUCCCAUUAGAUUGUUGUCUUUCAGAUUAACUACGGAUAAAAUGCUUAUUCUCUUGGAAUGUUGUUUUUUUCCACCAAAAAAAAAUAUAUAUCCAGGUAUGGUUGAUUAUGACAUGCUAGGAAUGAUAUUCUUCAAGAAGGAUCUAGUUCUUGGAGUUAAUUUAGAAACUGCGCGCCAUCAACA